GUAACUUCCUGCUUUGAACGUUGAGCCCGGCCCCUUUCAGUCAAUGGCAGAAUAUGAUAUAUUGGUGAAAUUUCAGUCACGAUGAGAAGUCUAUAGUGCUCAGGUUUCGCUUUGCUUUUCAAAUUUAUCAAGUUUCAAAUGGCUGCAAAGGAGAAUGAUUCGCCAAACAUCGAAAAAGGUCUAAUCCUCGCUGCCAUUGGUAAAAGUCACGAAGUACAGUUGGUCAAAGGAAUUAAGUUGGAACUGAGAGGCGGUGAUAAAAUCGAUUCACGAAUUCUUGUUGUAACAAGUUUCAGAUUUUAUAUUCUGACAGCUAACAAAGCACCUUAUAAGGUUGAUCUAAGUGUUCAUAUUUUGGAUAUUCAUGCAAUAGAAAGCAAAAAAGCUGACCAGAUUGCGAUUCAAUAUGGAGAGAAACAAGUGAAGUUUUCUUUAACAAAACCGGGAAGCACACACGUUGUCCUUGGUCAACUCAUAGCAAAUUUGAAAAUAAAUUUUCCUGGUGGAAAUUUAGAUGAGUUGAUUAGAAAGGAUAUCGAACCAGGUGAAAAAUUGGAGAGUAUUAAUAAUGCCGUGAACAAGUUAACAAGUUCCGAAAGUUUAUCCGAGGCUGGUCCUUGCGGUGGUUUUUCUCAUUCUUAUUCAUGUAUUUGUAAUCAUAUGGGUGUGCCAUUUUUGGAGGAAGUGGCCUGGGAUGUUGACACAAUAUAUUUAUCAAAUGACACAAAAGAGUUCAAUAUUCAGGAUUUUGACCAUUUGGAACCAAGGGAGUUAAUUCCAAUCCUGACUACUCUGGAGUACAAUGCUUGGUUUACGAGGCUCGUUUGUGUCUCUUACAAGUUGUCUGCUGAAAUCUUGGAUGUUAUAACAAAAGUUAUCAAACGUUCAACAACCAUUGAAGAAAUUGUUUUAGAUGGCGUAAGCUUAGGAAGGGAAUUCUGUCAAAAACUGGCGAACGCCCUGACUUCAAAUCCCAAAUCUGCUUUGGAAAGUAUAGAUCUAUCCAGGAAUCCUUCCGCUGAAGACAGAGGAGUAAUUCAUAUGAUUGGUAGCUUUUCCAAAAUUUCUCAUGGGUUAUCCUCGCUUGUUCUUCACGAAACUGGCAUUACCAACAAAGCUGCUUCGACUGUUGGUCAGAUGCUAAAAAGCAGCAAAUAUAUGUCUACAUCGUUAACAAGGUUAGACUUGUCAAGCAACCCUAUCAAGGCAGACGGUGUUACGGCGAUUUGUGAUUUCUUGGCUCAAGCCAAUGCGUUAACUCAUGUAGAUUUGAGUUCCACUGAGUGCUUUGUAGAAAGUAUCUUUGGUGCUUUGAUCCGAGGCUGUUGUCAAAAUUUAAGCCAUUUAAAUCUGUCGGGAAAUCAAUUUACUAACAGAAAAAGCAAAGAUACAAACCUCUCUUCAAGUUAUCAACAGUUUUUCAGUAGUACAGGUGCCUUAAAGGAAAUUAAGCUGUCGGAAUGUCGCUUGCCUGCUGAUGCAGUUAGAGCGUUGUUUCUUGGUUUGAUUGAGAAUACCGUGGUAAAGGAUGUCGCUGUCGAUAUCAGCAAAAAUGAGCUCAAAUCAGCUGGCCUUCGAGCGAUGACGGGUCCCCUGUCUCAAAUUUCAAACCUAUAUUCGUUGGAUCUCAGUGAUAAUGGAUUUGAAUCAGACAUUAUCCCUCUUUGUGAAAGUUUGUGUGAAAAUAAAGCCUUAAAGAAACUUCACCUUGGUCAGAAUUGUCACAAGGGCAGGAACUUGAACAAUAUCAUGGAAGGUUUAAUCAAGUUGAUUUCUGUUGAAAAUUCGCCGAUAGAAUACCUAAAUUUGGCGGAUUCCCGGUUCAAACAGAACAUUACUUUGCUGUUUGAUUCACUUGGCACAAACGAAUCUCUGGUUGAACUUGAUAUCAGUGGUAACAUGAUGGGAGACGAAGGUGCGAGAGUUCUGGCUAAAGCUUUGCAAAUUAACAGUAAAUUGAGAACCAUCCACUUGGACAGGAACAACGUAACGCAAAGUGGAUUUCGAGAUAUCGCUUUGUCGUUGGAGAACAACUUAACAUUGCAGUCCAUGCCGAUACCAUUGAACGACGUUUCCCUUUGUUUAAAACCGGCAACUGAAAAAGCUCUGAAACAAAUUGAAAAGUGUUUGUCUCGGAACCAUUCCCCCAGUAAAGCGGUCACAGAGCAAGUGUAUCGACUGCAACAAGGCUUAAUGAUGACGUCAACGCAACAACAGAUGGUUGAUAAGUUGAUUGUUCAACUUCAAGACACUGCCAGACUAUUGCGUAAUUCUCCUGACGAAACUGUCCAGUCAGGUCUUCGCAAUGCCCUCAAAUGUAUCAACGAUGCAGACAAACUGAAACAGUUGUUCCUUAAAUUUCACAUGCAAACAAGUACAAAGGAUAUGGAGGAGAGACUGUCAUCUUUAGCGUCCGAUAUUUACAAUUCCAUUCAACAGCAAGUUCAGGAAAACAAAGAAAAAAUAUUAAAAUCCGCUGAGACAAACUGUCCUUUUGUCACGGAACAACAGAGUGUAAAAGAUAAUCUCAAGACGGCCUGUGAGGGGAAGGCUAACGUUAGCAAGGCAUUCAUCGACACCCUUCUACUACAACAGUUGGCUCCAAUAAUACUGAAUGAAGUCAGCGAAAAGAACCUAAAUUUGUCGACCGCGGUGGUGGACACGCUAAUGGAUGAAGUCAUUUCACAGUUGGAGAAUCAACAAGCUUUACUGGAUAUCCUGGUAAAUGAACACAAAACGGAAAUGGCAUCUGUGGGGGAAAAACCAGCGGAAACAGAGGAACCUAACGAUAACAUCAGCGAGGCGGCUCAAAAAGCGAAGAACAGAUUGAGUGCAGUAAACAAUCGUCGUAGUGUUCGUUUCCCGGAUGCUGAGAGUGAGGUUUUCAAUGCCCCCAGUCACCCCAGACGAAGGCCAACCAUCAACAGGAAACGCAGGACAUCAGAUAUCACUGAGGAGCACGCUGAUAGCGGCGGGGUAAAGGGGGACAGCAAGAAAAAGGAAGCUGUUGUGCCGGAUAUUGAUCUUUCUGUGUCGUUGGAAACGCCAACGAAUGGACUUGUUCACGUCACGAAGAACCGUCCGAGGCCUGCACGAGGCCGAAGACCUCCGACCAGAGCUACGGGGGGUCAACAAAAUACUGCCGUCGGUCCUGAGACAGUUGAUGAGAAUUUUGAUGCAGGGAUAGAGUCAUUCUUCAACAAGCCAGUUGCUACCAGGCCGCAAUCUGCUGCGCUGCCUGCUUCAGUCAAGGUGGUUCCUGAGUCGAGUUCGCAAAGAAGUGCCACGAUCAAUCAGCGGACGACGAGCAAGAAACACGAGAAGGCUCAACGAGAUUCAUUUGUGAGUUACAUCAAUUUACAGGAAGAGGCUGAAGAUAAAACGAAGGUUAAAGCAGAGAAGAAACUCGGAAUCCUUAGUGGUUUCUUCGGCAAGAAGAAAAAUGAUAAAAAAUCUCCAAGUGCCUCGCGUAAAGAAAGUAAAAAGGAUCUUAAAAAGAGCCAGGAAGACGUCACUGACGCAGGGCCAGCGCCCGAAAAGAAACCGGAGCCCAAAUCUAGUCCGAGGCCAGAAGAACGUCAUAACAAACCUGAGAAGCCGGUUGAUAAACCUGAAAAACCAGUUGAUAAACCUGAAAAACCAGUUGAUAAACCUGAAAAACCUGCUGUAAAAGCAGAUAAACAGCCUAAGAAGCCACCACAGAGACCCCAUAGGCCGGAAAAACCGGUUUCGAAUGAGGUGGGAAAACCUGCUGAACCUGAAACUAAACCGGUUGUGGCAGCGAAUGAACCCGUUGAUGAACCUUCGAAAGAGAUUAAAGUAGAGGAGAAUAAAGACCGCCAAGAAGAUAAGGAAGAUAGCGGGAAACAGGAUGGCGGGAAACAGGAUGGCGGGAAACAGAAUGACGGGGAACCGGAUGGCGGGAAGCAGGAAGAAGAGAAAAAGGAGGGAGAGGAUAAGAAGGAAGGGAAACAAGAAGGGGAGAAACAGGAAGGAGGGGAACAUGAAAGAGGGGAAAAGGAAGGAGGGGAGGUGGAUAGCACGAAAGGGGAGGAGGAAGAGAAGCCAAAACCUCAGCCCAAGGCACCACCCAAAUUUGGUGUAGGAUUACCCAUGGGCGCCAUGGGAGGAGAUCUGUUAGCUGAGAUGAAGAAAAGAAAUCAACGGAAUAGUGAAAAGAAGCCGUCCCCAGAACCAAAACCACGGCCACGAGUAGGUACCAACCCCGAUGCCGCGCGGCCGGUGGUCCCUGUGCGCCCGUCAUCCAUGAAACGGUCUGUGAAAGCGAAAUCAGCGGCGGACUUGACCUCAGUCGUUCACGAAAGCAAGCCUACACCUCAACCUCGAGCAAAAGAAGAUGACAAGGAAGAACGAAGAAUGAGCAAUGAGGCAAGCAAACCAGUCCCACCAAAACCAGCUCCUAAAGGAAAGCCUCAAGUUGCUGCGAGAGCUUCAAAACCAAAUGUCCCUAAACGUCCCCCAAGUAUAAACAAAGAAAAACGCAAAAGUUUGGAUGCCGAGAAACGCAAAAGUUUGGAAGCAGAAACGGCGGCCGAGAAGGCGCCUGAAACUAAACCAAAAGAGGAGACACCUGUAAAGCAAGAAGAAACGGUUGAUGCAACUAAAACGAAAGACAAAAAAACUGAAGAUGAGGUCGUCGAUGAACAACCUGAAGAAGCACAAGAAGCUCCGAAGAUAGAGCCUGGUGACAAGCCCAGUGCAAAAGAAGAACCACAGGAACUGGAAGAUGAAAAAGCCCUUGGGGAGGAGGAAAAACCCGAUGACUCUGCUCUUGUUGAUAAAGACAGCACACCGGAGAAAGAUGCCUCCGAAAAACAGGAGAAAGAUACCUCGGAAGAAGUGGCUACGGACACGAAGACUGAAAGUACAGAGGUUCCUGAUGCCUCGACUUCAAACACAAGCGAGUCCACGAAUGAAAGCGAAGCAUCAAAGGAAGGCGAGCAAACAACUGACGUAAACGAAGUCCCUGAUAAACAAAAAGACACUAACGAUAACGAAACCGAUGUUACUACUGUAGUUAGCGAAGAAACUACGGAGAAAGUCGAGCCCGUCGCGACGGAUGCCGAAAGCGAUGAUGUCAUUAAGAGCGCCGUGGACGAAGACACAUUAAAGGAGGCAUUGUCGGCGAAAGACACGGCAUUUUAAGAAUGCGAGUUUUGAUUUAUUGAUUUUCUGUUGAUAGCUUAGAUAGGCACUAUAUAAAAACGGUCUUUUUACAAUUUAUGGACGCCAAAUUUGGGUUAUUGUUACAGUCCAAUGUUCUCAAAACGAGCUAAUACCAUUUGUUCGUGCUGCUUGUCUGUAAGUUGUUUUGCAAGUUGUUGCAGACAUUCUUUACUGGAGCAAGUAACGUAUAUUUAAAUUUUGUCCAUUUAAUCUAUUUUUGUACCAACUACAGCACAUAUAAAUAUUAAAGUCAGGUUAAUACGAAUGUAUAUUUAUACUGUGACUGUCGCCAAUGUCUUUUAACAAAUCAACUGAAUGAGGGUGAUAAACAAAUUCAUGUUUGCAUGUGCACAGCCAGUCAUAACGUGUAAACUCAUAACGCUUGAAAACAUAUAAUCUCUAAAAUGAAAUUAAAAGAUGUGUAUAGUUUUGUGUCGUAAAAGAAAUCUUAGAGAAUGUCUUACCUCAUAAUUAAUAAAGCACCUAAACUAAAAUGUUGUCAUUAAAACGUGCGAAUAAUCAAAACCAUUCUCGUUGAGCAGUAUCCCCCAUCAUUGGCUAAGACCUUGCUCUGCCCUCUGCGUCACUUGCGUUGCGUCGCUCCCAUCCCCAAUAUGCAUAUUUUGCGUGCCGGAAGUCACGUGUCUGCGGUCGGAUGCGAAGGGAAGCUGGAGAUACCAAGAUGGCGGACAUCAGAUUUCUAGUGGAUGACUACGAGAACGGCGAGGAAGAGCAAGAGGAAGACGGGUUAGAAGGCGCAUCGGAGGAUAACUCAAUGUUGG